AUGGCGCCCAAGGGAGAGAAGAAGCCAGCGGAGAAGAAGCCCGCCGAGAAGGCACCGGUCGCCAAAGCCGAGAAAAAGAUCUCUAAGGACGCUUCCUCCACUGACAAAAAGAAGAAGAGAAGCAAGAAGAGCGUUGAGACCUACAAGAGCUACAUCUUCAAGGUUCUUAAGCAGGUUCAUCCUGACAUCGGUGUCUCCAGUAAGGCUAUGGGGAUCAUGAACAGCUUCGUCAACGAUAUCUUCGAGAAGCUCGCUCAGGAGUCUUCUAGCCUCGCUCGUUACAACAAGAAGCAUACUCUCUCUUCUCGGGAGAUUCAGGCUGCCGUUCGCCUUGUUCUUCCCGGCGAGCUUGCUAAGCAUGCUGUUUCCGAGGGAACUAAGGCUGUUACGAAAUUUACUAGCACUUGA